GAACGAAUUGAUUGUUCUUACAUCGUCGAUAUGACAGAUUUUCUAACCUUCACACGCAUUAUUAUCUUUAAUACUUAAUUAUUCUUUUCAAAAUUAAAAAGCAGCAAUUUUAAUUUUUUCAAUUUUUUUAUGCAAAAUACAUCGAAUGAGUAUAUUUUUAUCAAGAUUUAAGAUUUUUUACAUGGUAGAGCCAAUUUGGCAACGAUUGUCCCUAGAGAACCUAUAUCUGAAUCCAUUUCCGGAAGCUUUUGUUUCUAAUUAUCUCGAUCUCGCCAUCUUUAUGGAUCCUGCGUCUCAUCAAAAAUGUACAAAAACCAAGAUGGAAUCUUAUCUUGACACAUGUUAUGAUCAAAAUAAUACUACUACAAUGUGCGAUGUAUCAUUUCACACAACUUCGAAUAAUUUGGUUUAUUGUCAACCUGGAGCAUUUUCGGAUAUAACGCACAAUGUUAAAACUAAUAUAUGUGCAGCAGAUACAAAGCAUGGAAAUUAUAUUGAUAAAGAAAGAUAUAAGAUUAUGAGAAAGUGGAAACGAAUCGGAAAAAAUAGAUUGGCUGACAAUAUGGAUGAUUCUUUUAUUUUGAGACUUUUAUCUUUUAACAUCCUUGCACAAAACUUGUUAGAAGAUCAUUCAUAUUUAUAUCAGGAUCAUAACAAGAAAGCUUUGAGUUGGAAAAUUCGAAAACCUCUGCUGAUACAGGAGAUACGUGAGGCGGAUGCAAAUAUAAUAUGUCUUCAAGAAAUGCAGGAGGACCAUCUACUAGAUUUCGUAAUUCCAUUCAAACAACUUGGAUAUGAAUAUCUAUAUAAAAAAAGAACCAAUGAUAAAAAGGAUGGUUUGCUCUUGCUAUAUCACUCCAAUCAAUUUGUUUUAUUAGAUUACGCAAAAGUGGAGUUAUAUCAAGCUGGUAUUGAGCUUUUGAAUAGAGAUAAUGUUGGAAUAAUUGCUAAAUUAUCCCUCAGGGAUAAUCCAGAAACACAAAUCGUGGUUGCAACCACUCAUUUGUUAUAUAAUCCAAGACGUAACGAUGUACGAUUAGCACAGACACAGCUUUUAUUAGCAGAAAUAGAACGAUUUGCAUUUGUUGAAAAUACCAUAACGGGCCCAAAAUAUUUACCGAUCAUACUGACGGGUGACUUCAACUUGGAACCAUUUACAGGCGUUUACAAAUUUUUAACGGAAGGUUCGUUUGAAUAUUAUGGCAAAGGACGAAGCUUAGAGCCUUCUCAAUAUAAUUCUUUGUCCAAAUCUCUGAUACCAUCACGAUUAUGCAUUACUGAUAAUUGUCAGCAUUUUAACAUUUUGACUCAAAGAUUGCGAAAGGAAGGUACUGGUAAAGUCAUGCUAGAAAAUAGCGAGUUGCCUCUUCAGAAACGAGAUGGGAAUAUGACCGUAUCUUGUAACACAAAUAUUCUACAACAAAAUAAUGUCAACAUUAAUACUAGUACACAGAUAAUCGAGAUCGAAAAGGGCUAUUCAGUAAGAUUUUCAUCUGGCACUCUAACACAUCCUUUCAAGAUGCAUAGUGUUUAUAGACAUGCAAGUGCCCAUGGUGAGAAGGAAGCAACGACGUAUCAGGAUAAGUGGAUUACAGUCGAUUACAUAUUUUACAGCAAUAAUAUCCAACCUAUAGAAAAAUAUGUUCUACCUACAGUAAGCCAAUGUACCGCUUUACCAAAAAUACCAAAUUUUAUAAUAGGUAGUGAUCAUUUAUGUAUAGGCGCCACUUUUCAGUUACCAAGAAAAAAAUCUGUGCUUUAAAAUACUGCUUUUCAUAUAUCAUUAUUAUUAUUUUUUUCUUAUUCUAACAAAAUAGAUCUUUAAAAAUAUUACUAUCAAUAAUUUGUGAAUUAUGUUGGGAGAUAACGUAUUUGGUAUUUCUGAAAAAUGGGAAAUUCAGAUGCAUUGUUAGUUUUUCAAAGCAAAAGUUUAAGAAAUAUAUAUAUAUAUUUUUUUUUUAUGAAAAUUACAAAUUUGCAAUUUAUUUCUAAUAUAGCCAAGGCAUGCUAACUCUCUAUUUUAAAUGUAAUGCUUGAGAGCAGUGUAGCAUCAUCGACCUCAUAGUAUCAUUCAUUAUUAUUAAUGAUGGCUGAACAUAAUAUAGAACAGUCUUAUGAUUUGGAAUGUAUUAUUUGCUAAUCUGGAGAAUGAUUUAAGUGUUGCAGAUUAAGUAAAUAAAAUUUUCCUACUUUGAAUAAUCUGUAUGUAUUCCAAAUUUGUCAUAAUUAUUAUUGUAUGAUGUAACAAUAUUGUUCUUAAAAAAAAUUGAUCAAAUAUACUCGGAAUAAAUGAAUUUUGCCUAAUUUAUGAAAAAUCAUGCUUCAGAUUGCUUCAGUAACUAAUACAUUUUCAUCAAGUUAUGAGCCAUAGUGUGCCACAGCUGUAUUAUUAUAAUAAAAAUACAUAAAUAUACAUACUAUUUAUAUUUAAAACUAGUUACUGGCAUCUUAGUAACUAGUAAAAAAGCAACAUGUAAACUGUGCAUUAAUAUAUAACAUAUUUUUCAAUAACAGCUAAAUGAUACUAAAACUUGUUUAAUCUCUCUCUUUCCAAGAAGAGUUAACAUACUUUGGAUAUAGUAUUCACAAAAACUAUGGAGAUAUAAUUUUUUUGUUUUACUUUUUAUUUUCUUUUUUCAA